GUCACAAGGGAAGCGCACACUCACUCACCGGCAUGUCGUCCUUCUCUGAGUCCGCCCUGGAGAAGAAGCUGUCGGAGCUGAGCAGCUCGCAGCAGAGCGUCCAGACUCUGUCUCUGUGGAUCAUCCACCACCGCAAACACUCGGGCCUCAUCGUCAAAGUGUGGCACAGAGAGCUGAAAAAAGCUAAAAGCAGCAGGAAGCUGACAUUCCUGUAUCUGGCUAAUGAUGUCAUCCAGAACAGCAAGAAGAAAGGCCCCGAGUUCACCAAAGACUUUGAGUCUGUGCUCGUCGAUGCCUGCUCCCAUGUUGCCAGUGAUGCAGACGAGAACUGUAAAAAGCACAUGGAAAGACUGCUGAACAUCUGGAAGGAGAGGAACCUCUACAGAAGCGACUUCAUCCAGCAGCUCAGACUCGCCAUAGAAGACUCAAACAGCCCCAGGCCUUCAGAAGAAAAAAAGCCAGUGAAAAGAAGCUAUCAAAAGAUCCAGGAAGAUGAGGACGAUGAUGACAACGACUAUAGAAGCCACACUUCUCCUCGCAACGCAGAUUCCUCGGCAACUCAGCUGACAGAGGAGCUGGUAAAAGCCCUGCAGGACUUAGAGAACGCUGCAUCAGGUGACGCAGCUGUUCGUCAGAAGAUUGCCUCGCUGCCGCAGGAAGUCCAGGAUGUUUCCCUGCUGGAGAAGAUCACAGACAAAGAAGCCGCAGACAAGCUCUCAAAAACUGUGGAUGAAGCCUGCUUGCUGCUGGCAGAAUAUAACGGGCGCCUGGCCGCAGAGCUGGAGGACCGGCGGCAGUUAGCACGUAUGCUCACUGAAUACAUCAGCAGCCAGAAGGAGGCACUCAUGGAGAGAGAGAAGAAACUGGAGGAGUAUAAGCAGAAACUGGCGAGGGUGACUCAGGUGAGGAAGGAGCUCAAGUCCCACAUCCAGAGUCUCCCUGACCUUUCGCUGCUGCCCAACGUAACUGGGGGUCUGGCCCCGCUCCCCUCAGCAGGCGACCUCUUCUCCACCGAUUGAGAACCCUUUGCCUCGACGAAGUCUCCUGUAUGCUCCUCCCCAGCCAAUCUCAGCUCCACGUUGGAUUUACAGAAAUACUCCCAGCUGUGUCUCCAGCCAGAGGACACGUGUGGUCAAUCCUCUUAACAGUCGCCAGCCCACCUGCUAACUCAAACCUGCAGGACGAGGACGAGGAAGGCUUUUGGUAAAAUGAGAAUGCUCUGCAGAGGAGAAUAAAGACUCUGUCAGCCUGUUUAUUUUCUUAGUUUUUUUUCCCCCAUACCCUCUCGAUCGUCAAGGAUUCCACUUCACCAGCUUGGAACAAGUUUCCUGUUGCUUUUAUUUUGUUUUAAAUGCUGGAAGUUUCAGUGAUUUAGGAGGAGGAGCUUAGACGUAAACUUGGUUGUCAGGACAUGUCAGUCGAAGCAUCUGGCUGUAAGUUAUAGUUCGGAUUCAGUGAGCAAAGGUUGUCUGUCCGCUCUCUUAAUUCCUAAAGGCUGUGGCUACACUGUGAAGAGGAUGUACCAUUCAUUAGGUUUAUUUUUUGACUUUUAUUUGCUUGGUUUUUAUCGACAAAUUAGAGAGAUUGUUGAUUUACGGUGUGUAAGUGUGUGUUUGUAUAGUUAGAAAAAAUAUCAGGCCACUUCAGUAUGUGUUGCUUUUUUGGUUGUUUCACCGGACGCCACACGCAGCGCUUUCAUUAAAGUAACACUUGGUAGAGUUUGAAAAACGGGAUUUGUGGGAUACAAUCAUUCAGGCAGGAAUUUUAAAGACAAGGGACUUUUUAUUUUCCUGUAUGUAAGGAUUUUCCUUAUUUUGAUACAAAGGUGCACAAGGUUCAAAAGAACUGUUGUCAUGCUUUCAUUUGAAAUAUGAUGAAGCUCAUUAUGUUCGUUAGUGGAAAAGAGGCACAGUUUGAGUUUUGCUAAUGAAAUCCUGCACGUUUGAAAAAGAUCAUCUAAAUGCUAAAACUAAAAAAAUACUAUUGCUGUAUCUUUUGAAAAGGUAAUUGAUAAGAAGGCAAAAAUAAAAAUAAAUGAAGACAUCAGGAUUGAGCCGUUAUUAAAAGAAGUGUCAAGAUAAACGAGUCAGAAAACGACAUUUGCUGAUAUACUGAUCACAACAUUUGGAAAAUGGAAAUGGAAUGGAAAAGUUAAAUAAAAGGGUAGCGUAGUUGCAUUAAUUCGAUUAUAUGUUAUUGUGAAAUGAACUCACCAUUCCCUACUUUAGCAACAUUAAUAGACACAUUGGACUGAUCAAAAAUAUUAUUAAAUAUUCCACAGUUCUACCUGCCUGUAUCGAUUUAAGUAUUCAACAGGUUCACGCCUGCAUCCCCUUCAUAUUUGUUUUUGUUUUCUCUUUUCAUGGUUGAUCCAUCCUGUAACAAAUGUGUUUAUUUAGAUAUUGAGGUCAGGAAAAGUUGUAAUUACCAAAGUCAUUAUUUUGGUACGAGCCUUUUUUUAGGAGCAGUUCUGCGAGAAGGCCAUCUGUCAUUUUGCUUAACUGAUAUUUAAUUUUCAGUUGUCUGAUACACAAAAAAAAAAUACAUUUAUUGAAAAAGUUUAUGCUAAAAAGGUCAGAGACGUUUAACAAACUGCUCAUUUCAUUAGCAUCUUCAGAAACACGUGGCGACUCCUGCUGCUACAGCUGAGGUGAUUUUUUUUCCUUAUAUAAAAGAAAGAUUGUAGAAGCUGUAGCUUAUCUGCUGAUUCCAAACGCUCAGCUGAGACGUGCUGUUCAUGUAAAACCUUUGCAGUAAAAAGAUUGGCCUCUCCUGGAAGCCUGGAACCACAAAAUCUUUCAAAGAGCAGGUGAAAAUUAGCAGUUUUCUGCAGUGUUUGUUCAACCAAAGGUGUGGAUGCAUUCGUCAGAGUCAUUACUGGGGUCAUAAAACAGAUGUUUGGGCUUUAACAUGAUCCCUAAUAUCAAAGUAAACCUUUGGAUUUUGAAUGUCGAACAUUAAAGCGGAGCCAUUAUUUCAUUAAUUCAUGUUCAUCUGAUAAAAACCAAAACCAGGAAAGAUUUCAGUAACAUUUUAACCAAGAUAUGCUUGACUGUAGAUAACACUUAGAUAUUUUCUUACCGACUUGCUGUGUGGUAUGUGUUUCUAUAGAAUCAGUCUGUACUACCAGGACUCUGCCACUAGGGGUAAUGUUUUUUCUGUAAUGAAAGUGAUUCAGUGGAUGCCAAUAAACUGGAACCAUUUGAACAAA